CGGCGCGGUGCCCGUCGGCCCCGCGCGCGGGGCGCGGGGCGUGUAAGGGGGGCGGGCGGCCUCCCCGGCAUCUUCGCGGCGACCAAGGACGAGCGGGCAGGGGAACGACCGGGAUGGCGCGUCCGCGGCCCCGCGAGUACAAAGCGGGAGACCUGGUUUUCGCCAAGAUGAAGGGCUACCCGCACUGGCCCGCCCGGGCUUACGUGGAUGGAGAUACAAACUCAGCAUGGUCCAGACCAAUUGACGAACUCCCAGAGGGAGCUGUGAAGCCUCCAGCCAACAAGUAUCCUAUCUUCUUUUUUGGUACCCAUGAAACUGCAUUUCUAGGUCCUAAAGACCUUUUCCCAUAUAAGGAAUACAAAGACAAGUUUGGAAAGUCAAACAAACGGAAAGGAUUUAAUGAAGGAUUAUGGGAAAUUGAAAAUAACCCAGGAGUGAAAUUUACUGGGUACCAGACAAUUCAGCAACAGAGCUCUUCAGAGACUGAGGGAGAAGGUGGGAAUACUGCAGAUGCGAGCAGUGAGGAAGAAGGAGACAGAGUGGAAGAUGGAAAAGGCAAAAGGAAGAAUGAGAAAGGAGGCUCCAAACGGAAAAAGUCCUACACUUCAAAGAAGUCUUCUAAACAGUCCCGGAGAUCUCCCGGAGAUGAGGAUGAGAAAGACUGCAAAGAAGAGGAAAACAAAAGCAGCUCGGAGGGCGGGGACGCCGGCAGUGACACCAGGAACGUGACUUCAGACUUGCAGAAAGCCGGGGAAGGGGUGAGGACGGCUGAUGGCUUCCUUAUCCCCGUCACCUAGACGACUUCCCUCGGGAAGUCAGCAUUCACAGAGCCCGAGUGAGUGGUCAGACCUAACUACCGUAAGAAUGCUGCAUAUUGAGAGAAACCACAAGAAGGUUAACUGUUUGAUUGUCUAAUUCCUGGAUUUGAUAUGAACCGACACAGUCUUUGUUGUCAUUGACAGAACCCCACCCAGUGUGUGUGUGUGUGUGCAUUAUUCACAUUCCUCUCUGUUCUGUUGAAGGGAAAAAAAAAAGACAUUUUGACCUUUUUUAAGGUUAUUGACUUAAUUUUAUGUUACUUGGUUGCAUGAAGUUGCCCUUAACCACUAAGAAUUAUCAAGAUUUUUGCACAGACUUUUCCAUGUCUAGGCUCCUUUUCCAAGGCAGUUCUGGUCAUCAGCUUCCUGCCUUUAUUCCACCAUCAUCAAAUACUCAGUUAAAUAGUAAUUCAUAUUUUUUAGAUGACUACUCAACAUAAUACUUAAGAAUGGGAUUUUCUUUCUAACAGAACCCAAGAGCCAACUCCUGGAUAUAUAUUGUUGGUAUAUUGGAGAUGAAAUGAAAGUCAUCUUUCAAUUUGAAGGCCAUGUGUAAAGUUUAACCAUAUUGUACAAUACCUGUUCUGUAUUAGAAAUAGAUAGUUGAACUUACACUUCUCAAAACUCAUGUUGCUGUGUACACAAACUGAGUGUAUAUGUGAACCUAGUGAGUCUUUUUGUGUUAGACCAAAAUAAAGCAAGGAUUUAUUUUUUCCCAAUGCCAAUAUGAUUUGAGCUAAUCACUCAAGGUGGUCACUUUACACUUGAAAGCUGAAAUCAGCAGGAGCACUAUGGGAAACCAGACAAAGCAUUGACUCUUGAAUAUAGACUUUUAAAAUAAACUUUUCUUUUGGAACUAGAAUUAGAGUAGUUAACAUUCAUCUGCAAAUAAUUAUUAUGUGUACAUUAUUGUCGCUAUUGUGAUACUAGAGAGUCUUAUUUAUUUUUAUGCCAGCUUAUACUGUGAGAACACAUUAGUCAGUUGGGUUUCAUCAACUGUUAUGCUCGUCCUUGGAACAUCUCUUCCGUGUGUGUUUGAGGUUUGUAGCUGAAAAGUUUACUGUAAAAAAAAAUCAAAAACAAAAAAAAUGUAUUGUUUUUACAGAAUAAAUUUAUUGGAAUGUG